GUUGCCGUGACGUCACAGAAGGACAAAUUCAUAAGGUCUGGAGGACGUUCGUUCUCUGUUAGCCGGUGAAGGCUGAGUGAGCGCCAUCUUCGAGGCAAGUCUGCCGAAAUGUACUCCACCGUUGCACAGCUAGCCCGGGGAAACCCGUUCAAUGCACCACAUUUCCAGUUGGGACAGGAAUGUGCGACUCUAAGGAAGAAUAACACUCCACAGGUCGAGCCUGUCCGACGCCUUGCUGCUGCAGCUACUGUAGAUGAGGGCGACUACAGUUGCGAAUAUGGCUCAACCAAGUUUUAUGCUUUUUGUGGCUUUGGUGGCAUCCUCAGUUGUGGUCUAACACACACUGCAGUUGUACCUUUGGAUUUGGUGAAAUGUCGUAUUCAGGUGGAUCCCCAAAAGUACAAGAGCAUUUUCAGUGGGUUUUCUGUAACUCUUAAAGAAGAUGGUGUUCGCGGCCUUGGCAAGGGAUGGGCUCCAACAUUCAUUGGGUAUUCUAUGCAAGGCUUGUGCAAAUUUGGAUUUUAUGAAGUGUUCAAGGUCAUGUAUUCUAACCUUCUAGGAGAGGAAAAUUCCUAUCUAUGGCGCACAUCUCUGUACUUGGCUGCAUCUGCCAGUGCUGAGUUCUUUGCAGAUAUUGCUCUGGCUCCAAUGGAAGCUGCAAAAGUACGUAUUCAAACACAGCCAGGAUAUGCAAAUACUCUGCGACAAGCCGCACCCAAGAUGUAUGCUGAAGAAGGAAUCUGGGCGUUCUACAAAGGAGUUGUACCUCUCUGGAUGAGGCAGAUUCCAUACACCAUGAUGAAAUUUGCUUGCUUUGAACGUACAGUUGAAGCACUGUAUAAGUAUGCUGUACCCAAGCCACGAAAUGAAUGUUCAAAGGGCGAACAGUUGAUUGUGACAUUCGUUGCUGGUUAUAUUGCUGGUGUGUUCUGUGCCAUCGUCUCCCACCCUGCUGAUUCAGUAGUGUCUGUGUUGAACAAAGAAAAGGGAAGCACCGCUAUGGGAGUCCUUAAACGGCUUGGACCAAAAGGAGUCUGGAAGGGUCUGACGGCCCGUAUCAUCAUGAUCGGUACCUUAACUGCUCUGCAGUGGUUCAUCUAUGACUCUGUGAAGGUCUACUUUAGACUUCCUCGCCCUCCUCCCCCUGAGAUGCCAGAGUCUCUGAAGAAGAAGCUUGGCUUGUCUGAGUAAACACAUGGACUUAAAUACUGAAAGUUUCAGUGACACUUUAAACUGAGAAGUUUUUAUAAAUACAACCAUGUAGGACUUGCCAUUUCCUCCGAUGUAAUUAUUGGUUGUAUUCACUCUGCUCGGUCCCCCACAACUGUAACUUGGUUUUACCACUGUUUCUGUCUGUCUAAAUAAACAGAAGACCCAGGCGGAUGAAAUGA